GCCUGUGCUCCUGAGCUCUGCCCCUCCAGUGGGAGCUGCAGGUUUAUCUGGAGGCGAGGAGUCUCAUUUGUAAGCCAAGAUCCAGGGGGAGAGAAACAGUUUGGCUGCCCAGGAGUAAAAAGGAGAGACAGAGCCUGGGCACGAUGACUGUAUUCCCCACUCUUGGGCUACUCUUCCUUUGUCAGCUAUUAGCCACAACAUCAGCUCAGAGAGUAGGACCACAAGGCCCUCCUGGACCACGAGGACCCCCUGGACCAUCUGGCAAGGACGGCAUAGAUGGUGAGCCGGGCCCUUCUGGUUUGCCAGGCCCACCAGGACCAAAGGGUGCACCAGGAAAGCCUGGAGCAGCUGGUGAAGCUGGGCUGCCUGGCCUUCCUGGAGUAGACGGUUUAACAGGAACUGAUGGCCCUCCUGGCCCAAAUGGGCCUCCAGGAGACCGUGGUGCAUUGGGACCUGCUGGGCCACCUGGACCAGCUGGUAAAGGACUACCAGGACCCCCAGGGCCUCCAGGACCCAGUGGACUUCCAGGUGGAAAUGGAUUUCGGGGUCCUCCUGGGCCUUCUGGUCUGCCAGGAUUCCCAGGGCCUCCUGGACCACCCGGACCUCCCGGUCUCGCAGGCAUCAUUCCCGAAGGCGGUGGGGACCUCCAGUGCCCAGCUCUGUGCCCACCAGGUCCUCCUGGUCCUCCAGGAAUGCCAGGCUUCAAGGGACACACUGGUCACAAAGGAGAACCUGGUGAAAUAGGCAAAGAAGGAGAGAAGGGCAGCCCUGGCCCUCCGGGUCCUCCAGGCAUCCCUGGCAGCGUUGGCCUGCAGGGCCCAAGAGGACUAAGAGGUCUCCCUGGUCCAAUGGGUCCAGCUGGUGACAGAGGUGACAUCGGUUUCAGAGGGCCGCCUGGAAUCCCAGGACCUCCGGGGAGAGCUGGAGACCAAGGAAACAAAGGACCUCAAGGAUUCAGAGGGCCCAAAGGCGAUACUGGUAGACCCGGACCAAAAGGAAACCCAGGGGCUCGUGGGCUCAUAGGAGAACCUGGCAUACCUGGCAAGGAUGGACGGGAUGGAGCUCCUGGACUCGAUGGUGAGAAGGGUGAUGCAGCUCGGAUGGGUGUUCCUGGAGAGAAGGGGCCAAACGGACUUCCCGGACUGCCUGGAAGAGCAGGGAUUAAAGGCUCUAAAGGUGAACCAGGCAGUCCUGGAGAGAUGGGAGAGGCGGGUCCCUCUGGAGAGCCAGGUAUCCCCGGUGAUGUCGGUAUUCCUGGUGAUAGAGGUCUGCCGGGACCCAGAGGAGCAACUGGUCCCGUUGGUCUCCCAGGCCCCAUUGGAGCUCCCGGUGUCCGAGGCUUCCAGGGUCCCAAAGGUGCCAGUGGGGAACCUGGCCUUCCUGGUCCGACUGGAAUUCGUGGAGAGUCUGGUGACAGGGGUCCUGCUGGUGUUAUUGGUGCCAAAGGUAGCCAGGGCAUUGCUGGAGCAGACGGUCUCCCAGGUGACAAAGGAGAACUGGGUCCCUUUGGUCCUCCUGGCCAAAAAGGAGAGCCAGGAAAAAGAGGAGAACUGGGUCCAAAAGGUGCUCAAGGACCCAAUGGGACAGCUGGAGCUCCAGGGAUCCCAGGACACCCAGGGCCCAUGGGCCAUCAGGGGGAGCAGGGCGUUCCUGGCAUCACAGGCAAACCGGGGCCUCCUGGCAAAGAGGCCAGCGAGCAACAUAUAAGAGAACUCUGUGGGGAAAUGAUAAACGAUCAAAUUGCACAGUUAGCUGCUAAUCUAAGAAAGCCCUUAUCUCCUGGGAUGACGGGGCGCCCUGGUCCUGCUGGUCCACCGGGUCCUCCAGGAGCGACGGGAAGCGUUGGACAUCCUGGUGCUCGUGGUCCACCCGGAUACAGAGGGCCAACAGGAGAGCUUGGUGAUCCUGGUCCCAGAGGUGACACAGGCGAAAAGGGAGAUAAAGGACCGGCUGGACAAGGAAUUGAUGGGCCUGAUGGUGAUCAAGGACCUCAAGGACUUCCUGGUGUACCUGGAAUUAGUAAAAAUGGUCGGGAUGGUGCUCAGGGUGAACCCGGUCUUCCAGGGGAUCCCGGUACUCCUGGUGCUGUUGGGGCUCAGGGAACUCCAGGCAUAUGUGACACAUCAGCUUGCAUGGGAGCUGUCGGAGCAUCGACUUCCAAAAAGUCAUAAAACAGUACAAGAAGUGGAGAAGUGACUGAAUAUUUAAAUAAACAGUGCAUUGUAAGAAAACAGACAAUCUUCCUAGUGAUAAAUGGACAGAUGUUCCUUCUAUUAUAAGUGGAGACUUUGACACAAUAAUUCAGUUCUAUGAAAAAGAAAGCAUCAGAUGAAAACCAUAACUAAAGAUGCUUUAUGAGCAUUUUUUCCUCCUCCCCCAAUUAUUUUCCAGAAUUUUUACUGCUAAAUCACCUCACCUUCCCUGCCUCCCCGUGUCGAAGAGACCUGCAAGAGGAAGUGUUCCUUUUUACCAUCAUCUCCCAGGCUGUACUAGCGCAGCUUUUUUGUAUAAAUGUUUGAUCCUUUGUCAAUUGAAUUCCUCGGUGCUGCUCCCACUGACUUCAGUCAUGCAGGUUUGUGCACUAACAUCCACGUCGUUCAGGUUUCAGGCACCUAACUGCUGCUUAGAGCAGUGGAAAUAAGGCAUUUAAGCAUCCAAUAUUUUAACACCUUAACACUCUGGGCUAAGACCACAGCUUAGGUAUAUGCUGCCUAUUAUCAGUAUUCAGACUGCACCUCAAAUAUUUGCCCAGCCUAGUAAUUACUAAGCCUCUUGCCAUCAAAUUCUGCAAAAGGUGUAAUGUAUAUAUUUUAAUUUACAGGGGAGAGUUUUUGUAUUUCCAUAUGAUAACAAAGGAAGUUAAGUAACAGCAUUUUCAUGACCUCAACUUAAGCUAUUUGCACAGUAAUCAUGAAAGAAGCCCCAAAUAAGGAAGGAUGCUCUUCUAAAGUUCAGCCAAAAAAAGACUUGUAUGAACUGUUGUAAAAAUAAAAGGAGAUUUUUUUUAA